UGUCCCGCCCUCUUUCGGCCGCCCCUCCAUUGAAACAAGAUGGCGCCGUCAUGGGGACCCUGUCCUGUGGUGAUGGCUUUACUAUGGCUGGCUUUCUGCAGUCGGGGCCACACUGACUCGGGGACGGAGGAGUACUUGAAGCGGGCGCAUAGCCUGACAAAGCCCUACCAGGGUUUGGGAGCUUCAAGUUCUGGUACUUUCUGGGACAUUAGUGGAAACACAAUGGUGACCGCCCAUUAUGUACGGCUGACUCCCGACCUGCAGAGUAAACAGGGAGCUAUUUGGAACCGCAUUGCUUGCUUGAUGCGAGACUGGGAGAUGCAGGUACACUUCAAAAUCCAUGGACAAGGAAAGAAGAAUCUAAACGGUGAUGGGAUUGCUGUGUGGUACACCAAAGAUCGCAUGCAACCAGGUUCAGUAUUUGGAAGUAAGGAUCUCUUUUCCGGACUCGGAAUAUUCUUGGAUACCUACCCAAAUGAGGAGAAACAGCACGAGUCUAAGAAGAGGAGAUAUACACCUUCUACUCAGCGAAUCUUCCCGUAUAUUUCGGCAAUGGUGAAUAACGGGAGCUUGUCUUACGAUCACUCGCGGGACGGUCGGCCCACGACGAUCGGAGGAUGCACGGCUCUCGUGAGAAAUCUCAACCACGACACCUUUGUUGUGAUCCGUUACCUGAAGAGAAGACUCACGGUUAUGAUUGAUAUUGACGGCAAGAAUGAGUGGAAAGACUGCAUUGAUUUCCCUGGCAUCAGACUGCCAAUGGGUUAUUAUUUUGGUGCUUCUUCUGCUACUGGAGACUUGACAGAUAAUCACGACGUUAUAUCAGUAAAGGUCUAUCAGCUAACGGUGGAAAAAUCUCCUGGCGAUGAGGAGGAGGAAGAGGAUGAGGAGGUAUUGGUCCCCAGUGUGGACAACUUCAGCAUGCUAGGAGAUGAUCUGGAAUCUGAGCCGAUGAGUGGCGUGACAUUGUUCUUCAUCAGCUUUUUCUCACUCGUGGGCCUCAUGGUGCUGGCGGUGAUUGGAAUCAUCGUCUUCCAGAAGUGGCAGGAGCAGAGCCGUAAGCGCUUCUACUGAGGCCCAUGCGGCCACCACUGGGAACCGCAGGGCUUGGGAUGACGUUCCUUCAUCGGGGAUGAUGAUUGCACCAGCUUGGCUCUUCAAUGUUACUCUGUGUACAGCUAGCUGCUGGACCUUGCCUUGUUCUUGGGCAGCUAUAGUCCCCACUGUCACAAAGCAAUCGACUUGGGCGAAUUGUAACGAGAGAACAGACACAAUAGUGAAGACUUCCAUCGCAUCUAUGUGAAAGCACUGCAGAAAAAUAACCCCAUUGGAAGACAAAGGCGAAGGAAGAGUUCUUACAACAUCCUUCUCUCGCUGAACGAGGUGACAUCGUUGUAUGGUGUCUAUGGAAUGUUGGGAUUACUGACCUCAUCUAAAUAUGGUAUUCCUCUCAUCACCACUGUGGGCAUUGAAGAAGCCUAUUGUUCUCUGCAAGUUGAUACAAGUUAGAACAAGGGAAACCAAAAUGAGGAAGGUCAUUAAGUGACUACCUCUUUUAAUUCUGACCCAAUAGGACAUGUGCUCUGUGGAGUUGAUACUGCUCUGCCUGCAGUGAGACCUUAUUACUUGUGUUCAGCUGUGUUUAUUUUUCAGGGAAGUGAGAAGAGGCACUUGAAAUGUUUCAUGAUCUAUGUUAAAAUGAGUAGACAUUUUUAAAAAGUGUGUGGGGAAGUUGAAUGUUUUGUGCUGGUGAUUUAAAUGUUUCCCUGUGACGGGAAUGAGAUUUCUGUUCUGAUAAUGCAUCAGAAUAAAAAGGCAUCAGCUGGAACUUGGAAGGUAGGCGGGACUGCAGAUCAGCUGCUUUUGGUACAAGUAGUUGCUUCCUGUGUGUAUGAAGGGUGAGGGUACACUGCCGAGGGGAUGUAUUUAGGUCUUAAUGUGUCUGCUUUCACUGUGCUUGGUACUUUGAAACCCCAUCUCUACCCCAGCCUGCUGUGUGUAUUGAGGGCAGUUCUAUUUUAGUCCUUGCCACUACUGAGCUACAAAGAGCACUGGGUGCAGUUUGCUGGUCCCUGCUUCCCGAUGUGUUAACCUUGUUGUGUAUUUUAGGAAUGGUAGUACAGAAAACACAACCAUUUGCCUGGCGUGGUUGACAUUUGAGUGGCAGCUCAUCCAAACCAGUACAUCACCUGGAGAGCAAACAGACUGGUACAUGGAUAGGACAGGUUUAGAAGAUUAUGGGGCCAGGUGUAAUCUAAUGUGGCACUUGAUGCAGGAACCAGUUUCCACUGUGUUGUCCGAAUCAGCAGGGCAGCCGGAAAUGUUCCCCAAUCAUAGCGGGGGUCUUGGAGUGUAAAUUCCGUCCCAUUCCAGGAGCUCACUGUAAUUUAGACUGGAAUCAAAAAUAUAAGGUGACAUCUCCUGUCCUCGCCUGCAAAGAAAAACUCAGAACUAUACAAACCUGACAGUGCGUGGAUUCUAUGGAGGUGGUUGCCCUUGAUGUCAAACUGCCUUUCGUGCUCCGAUCAUCUUAGGUUCUGUGACAGGCUACAAAUUGGACAUGGUCAACCUUGAUCUUCCAAUCCCAUCUGCCAAAGUCACUGCAGAAAACCACUGCCAUUAUUCAGUGGUAUCUGAACAGCUUAGUUACUGAGCGCCCAAUUGAUGAGUGCUGAUCAGAGUUGCAGAUGCACUGUAGAAUGUACAACACUAUUACUGUGUCCCUGGCUCUGCCUGUAAAUGUUUUUUAACAAAGUAAAGCAGAAUGUAGAUAUGAAAUUUAUUUAUGUUCACAUUUAGUGGUAAUGUUAAAAUUAUUAAGUUAUGCAGAAAGCACCAUGUAUUAGGGAAGAAUAGCUCUCCCAAAGUGUUUAUACUACUAUAUGGACGGGAAAGGUAUGGAGGGUUAUGGUCUGAACGCAGGUGUAUGGGACUAGGGGAGAAUACGUGUUCGGCACCGACUAGAAGGGUCGAGAUGGCCUGUUUCCGUGCUGUAAUUGUUAUAUGGUUUUAUAUGGUUACUGAACUUUAAGUUUCAAUGGUUAAUUUUGUUUGUAUAUCCUUUGAUUGAAAAGUGUGUGCACCAUAUCAGGUGGGACAUGGCUGUGGUGCUAGCAGUCCUUCUUCACACUGCAUGACAGAGUUAAAUGGUGCACAUGAAAUUGGAAAAGACUUGCAAAGCCCAUCUACUGCCUUUAGGAUGCAGAAACAAAGAACUACAGAUGAUGGUAAAAGGACACAAAGUGCUGGAGUAAAUCAGCACCUUGCAGCGAGACCUGGGUGUCAUGGUACACCAGUCAUUGAAAGUAGGCAUGCAGGUGCAGCAGGCAGUGAAGAAAGCGAAUGGGAUGUUAGCUUUCAUAGCAAAAGGAUUUGAGUAUAGGAGCA